CAAUUACCUAGAAGAAAAGAGAAAGGGAGAAAUUUUAAAGUAGAGGACUAGCUGCAUAAGAAUUGUAGAGAGGGGAAUGUUGACACCAGAACAGAAGAUAUUACUAAAUUUAAAAGCAGUGAGUCAUCAAACUUCCAAACAAUAAAAUAGUAUCUUGAAGCUCAAAACAAAUAUUCCAUUUCAGCUUUUGCUUGAAGAGGUUUUGCCUUUGGCCCAGAGAACCAAGCCAUUGCUAGUUAAAAGUAAUCGGUCCGGACAAGAAGAAAGGGAAAAUAAUUUACAAAAAACAAACCGAUAGAAGAUGCAAUGUGAUAUUACAGGUAUGAACACUUCCUAUUUUCAAAAAGCAAGCAACCAGGGAUACUUUUGAAACACCAUAACAAAUAACGACCUACACUUAAAUCAGAGAUCUUGCAAGGAGAAUAUUAUACUUAAAAUAAUUAAAAUAGGAUUAUUAGAAACUAAAUUAAACAUGUAAUUCAAGCAAGCAAACCAUUAAUAGAAGAUUUCCAAUUUGAUACUUUUAUCAAGAGACCAGAAGAAAGCAAUAAAUCAUAAAUGUUGACUAAAAAGAGAUCUCUAGACCCAUUUUCAGAGACAAGAAAACAAUGUCUCAACCAACCUGCCACAAUCACCAAUCUAUAUUCACUAAUUUUGUUUCCGCAAAAACCAUUUUAAAAAUCACUGUUGACAACAAGGAAUUGACAGUAAUUCAUGAUUGAAGCCCAAACAUUAUUACACAAUAUAACCUUCGAAGUCACUCCAAAAGCUAAAACAAACAUCAAGAUCAAUUGUGGGUAUUGGUGUAAAAUAAACAAAAAUAUUUUGAAAGCUGCAACAGAAUUCCAAACAAAUGAACCUCCAGUGAAAAAAAUAUAUAUAUCUUUUUUUUUUUUGUUGGCUCUUUAACUUGUUAACAACGUACUUACUAGCCUCUUCAUGGGGGUGUGUUCCCCUCUUCUUCAACCCCAACAAAGUGAAACAGCAACCUCUCUAAAAGCAGAGCAGGAACAAGAGGAUGGAGUGAGGAAGAGGGUAGAAGUAGAACAAGAACAAGAACACAAGGACAGAAGAUCCUACUCUUCCUCUUCCUUUAGGGAAGAAAGAGAUACCUUCGGACCCAUUCAAGUUCCCUCUGACAAAUUAUGGGGAGCACAAACUCAGAGAUCGUUGCAAAACUUCGAUAUCGGUGGGCCCCGCGAACGCAUGCCUGAACCUAUCAUUCGCGCCUUCGGCAUCUUGAAGAAAUGCGCUGCUAAGGUGAACAUGGAGCAUGGUCUUGAUCCAAACAUUGGGAAAGCAAUAAUGCAAGCAGCACAAGAAGUAGCCGAGGGAAAGCUAAAUGACCAUUUUCCCCUCGUUGUAUGGCAAACUGGCAGUGGCACUCAAAGUAACAUGAAUGCUAAUGAAGUUAUUGCAAACAGAGCAGCAGAGAUUCUUGGCCAUAAGCGUGGUGAGAAGUUUGUGCACCCAAAUGACCAUGUCAAUAAAGCACAAUCUUCUAACGAUACCUUCCCAACUGUAAUGCACAUUGCAGCCGCAAUGGAAGUAAACUCAAGACUAAUCCCCAGCUUGAAAACCUUACAUACUACACUAAACUCAAAGUCAAUUGAAUUCAAAGAUAUUGUCAAGAUUGGACGCACUCAUACUCAAGAUGCAACUCCUUUGACUCUUGGACAGGAGUUUAGUGGGUAUACUACACAAGUGAAAUACGGUAUUGAUCGGGUGAUUGGUACUUUGCCACACAUGUAUCAGCUUGCUCAGGGCGGUACAGCUGUAGGGACUGGAUUGAAUACAAAGAAGGGGUUCGAUGUUAAGAUAGCAGCAGCAGUAGCUGAGGAAACAAAUCUGCCUUUUGUCACAGCAGAAAAUAAGUUUGAGGCUUUGGCUGCCCAUGAUGCUUUUGUUGGAACCAGUGGAGCCCUCAACACAGUUGCGGCUUCUUUAAUGAAGAUUGCUAAUGAUAUACGGUUAUUAGGGAGCGGUCCACGUUGCGGCCUUGGUGAGCUCAUUCUUCCUGAAAACGAACCAGGAAGCAGUAUUAUGCCCGGCAAGGUUAACCCUACCCAGUGUGAGGCUUUGACAAUGGUCUGUGCACAGGUCAUGGGAAACCAUGUUGCGAUCACAGUGGGUGGAUCAAAUGGUCAUUUUGAGCUCAAUGUGUUCAAGCCAAUGAUUGCCAGUUGUCUCCUGCAUUCAGUGAGACUGCUGGGAGAUUCAUCUGCUUCCUUCGAAAAGAAUUGUGUAAGAGGUAUUCAAGCUAAUAGGGAAAGAAUUUCAAAAUUACUGCAUGAGUCACUAAUGCUCGUCACUUCCUUGAACCCAAAAAUUGGGUAUGACAAGGCAGCAGCAGUUGCCAAGACAGCACACAAAGAGGGGACUACUCUUAAGGAAGCUGCAUUGAAGCUUGGAGUACUGAGCUCUGAAGAUUUCGACAAUCUUGUGGUGCCUGAGAAAAUGAUUGGCCCAUCUGAGGCGACGAAUCUGUGUCGGUAGUAAAAAGGGAAGGGGAGCCAGAAAAGAGUAUCUUUUAUAAUUUAAUUAUAAAUGGCUUAAAUCUACACAUUGACUGAAUAUCCC